GUGCCAGUCGACGCGCUGACGUAGGACGUUCCAGGUACUUUCCCCAGCGGCGGAUCGGGCUUACGUGGGGGCGGGGCGGGGCGCGGAGUGCGCAUGCGCCACAGCCCCAGCACUCAAUCCCGAAUCGUGAGGGGGCCUGAGCUUCUCCGCCGGCUACGGCUCCGUUCGCGCUACCUCGCUUCAUUGGCCAUGUCUGCCACCAUCGAGCGGGAGUUCGAGGAGUUGGAUGCUCAAAAUCGUUGGCAGCAGCUCUACUUGGAAAUUCGCAGUGAGUCCCAUGACUAUCCUCAUAGAGUGGCCAAGUUUCCAGAAAACAGAAAUCGAAACAGAUACAGAGAUGUAAGCCCAUAUGAUCACAGUCGUGUUAAACUGCAAAAUGCUGAAAAUGAUUAUAUUAAUGCCAGCUUAGUUGAAAUAGAAGAAGCGCAAAGGAGUUACAUCUUAACACAGGGCCCACUUCCUAAUACAGGUUGUCAUUUUUGGCUCAUGGUUUGGCAGCAAAAGACAAAAGCAGUUGUCAUGCUAAACAGAGUUGUGGAGAAAGAAUCGGUUAAAUGUGCACAGUAUUGGCCAACAAAAGACGACCAAGAGAUGCUGUUUAAAGAAACAGGAUUCAGUGUGAAGUUCUUGUCAGAAGAUGUGAAGUCGUAUUAUACAGUACAUCUACUGCAAUUAGAAAAUAUCAAUAGUGGUGAAACCAGAACAAUAUCUCACUUUCAUUAUACCACCUGGCCAGAUUUUGGAGUCCCUGAAUCACCAGCUUCAUUUCUCAAUUUCUUAUUUAAAGUGAGAGAAUCUGGCUCCUUGAAUCCUGAACAUGGGCCUGCAGUGAUCCACUGUAGCGCAGGCAUUGGACGGUCAGGCACCUUUGCUCUAGUCGAUACCUGUCUUGUUCUGAUGGAAAAAGGAGAUGAUAUUAACAUUAAACAGCUGUUACUGAAUAUGAGAAAAUAUCGAAUGGGACUUAUUCAGACACCAGAUCAACUCAGAUUUUCAUAUAUGACUAUAAUAGAAGGAGCAAAGUUUAUAAGGGGAGAUUCAAAUAUACAGAAACAGUGGAAAGAACUUUCUAAAGAAGACUUAUGUCCUGCUUUUGAUCAUUCACCCACCAAAAUAAUGAAUGAAAAAUACAAUGGGAACAGGAUAGGGCUAGAAGAAGAAAAACUGACAGGUGACAGAUACACAGGACUGUCCUCCAGAGUGCAAGAUACUGUGGAGGAGAACAAUGAGAGUGUUCUACGGAAACGAAUUCGAGAAGACAGAAAAGCUAACACAGCUCAGAAGGUGCAGCAGAUGAAACAGAGGCUAAAUGAGACUGAACGAAAAAGAAAAAGCAUCAAUUCAAAGUGAUGGUUGCUACCAUUUAUUGAUCGUUUACUGUGUGCCAAGCACUGUGCUAAGCACUUUUCAUAUGUUAUGUUAUCCUAUUUAAUCCUCACAACAAGCUUUUGAGGUAGGUGGUGUUAUUAUUAAGCCAUAACCAACCUGAGACUUGGCAUUUCUACAUUCUUUUAUGGUGCUAUCAUUGAAAAGUCUUAUGUGUAUAUUAUAUUUCAAAAUUUAAACUCUCAAAGAAAGAUUUUCCUUGUAUAAGUCAUUCCCCUCUUAGAAAAAUAUCUCUGAAUAGAUUCUAUAUAAUAAAUAGACACAGACCAGAACCUGAUCUGAUUAAGAAAUAUUUUUAUUUACCAUUUUAUACUCUUAUUUUAAUAAGUACCUACAUUUCCAAAGUUCCUGCCUGGUUAUUGUACAGAUUUUUAAAUCUAGUCAUCCUUGAUUUUUACUUUCAGAUAUAAAUUUUAUAGUUUUUUUUUAUGUAGUCUCUUAUAAGCCAAAUGCUUGUAUGUAUCAUCCAUUUCUUCCUGUGUUCAGGCAAGAGUCUGUCAACACUGAUUUAUUUUUUCUUCCAGCAGGUCCAUAUGGGUUUGUCAGUGGGAUAGAGAGUGUGGAUCUCAAUCUACUGCACACUUGCAAUUGGGUGGAGGGUCACCAAGGUUAGAACUUGGUGCAUUGAUCCUGAUCUGAAACUAAGUGUGUAGCAGAAAUGUCUGUUCUGUGUUCCUGGUUCUCAUAUCUACAUUAGCAGCUAAUUAAGUCUGUUUUUCUUAAGAAUCCCUUGUUUAGCUUUGACUUACAUGUUAGCAGUGCAAAAUCUUAUAAAUAAAAUUUUUAAAAAUAGAAAUGUAGUAUUUUUUCCACAUAAAAUUAAGUUUUGACUUAAAAUACAGGAUCUUGGUCAUUCUUUGGUUGAUUUAUUCCAGAGUUGACUUUUUUCUUUCAUCUUUUUCCCUAGUUCAUUUGUCUGGAUUUGAUUCCAUUUUUCCUUAUACCUAUCUUCAAAACACUUGUCCCAUAAACUGUUUUGGGGACAGCCUCUACAACAGUGGAUAUGUUACAAAUGCCAGCCAUCUCUUGUUCCAUUGAAUAUGUAUAAGUGAUAAUAUUUAUGCCUUGAUAGGAAGAAACUCAGAUUGUGUAAGCUCCACAAUGUCCCACCCAGGAAUCCUCAGUUCAGAUUCUAUGUACUUUAUUGGCUAUAUUCCAUGUACCUGGCCAUAAUGUAGCCAUUCCAUUGUUCAUCUGGAUUUGGGAAUUUAAGUUUUUAAGAUCUGGAAAUUUUAUGCUACCCACUUUGUUAGGUAGUGUUCUAAAGAAAAAACUUUUAGGAAAAUGAUAUGAGUUUGGCUAUCUCAUUUUUCCCUCAACAGUAGGAAUAUUCACCACAUUCAGGUUGCUCCAAGAACAGCAUUGAGCAAUUCUGCACAAGUGUUUUCUUUCAACACUCUUCAGAGAAAGUGUUAUCUCCUUUGGCUACUGGAUUCUGGAAACUUCUUUGAGGAGCAUUUUUCUUCACAGUCAGUGCUGAUCCUUUUCUCAUGUUGUAUGCUGUUUACCCCAUCACAGAGCAUUGCCACAUGUAAGCAGCCAAUCAGACAAGAAGCCACUGCUUGGCUUGAGAGACAUUGUCUUUAUCAGUAUCACUUAGAGUAGCAUAUAAGAAUUAUGAGAUUUAGUCAGGGUAUUACUUACAGAGUCUAUUUUAAUAUUGUCUUGUUUCCCAUUACAUGGUAUAUUUUGGGGAGCUCUAAGAACUGCUUAGGAAUUUUUUUUCUUUAUAGAGACUAUUUUUUAAAACCCAAUUUUUUAUUGGUUCUCUAAUUUGGCCUAGAUGUUUUAGAUACAUGAUUACAUUGCUAUUUCAAAUUUCUGCUUUAAAAAAGUUACUUUGAGUUUGGUGAAUUCAGGAAAGGGAAACUGUAAGUUCAUUUUGUUUAUAAGGCAAUGCUUUGCUCAUCUUACAUAUUUUUUUUAUUCUUUUCAGUAAAAUAUUAGUGUGGAUAUCUGGUGGCAAAAACUAUUUUGGGUGCAGUUUUGGCUUUCUGUUACCUCAGGUGUGGACCCAGCUUGGGAAGAUUUUACUCUUUCUGUAAAUUCCACUCUUGCAUCCAUUCCAGCAUUGGGAUGGUUGGCAGUAUGUGAGGGCUGCAUUUCCAAUGAAAGCACCAGGCAGGGCUUAUUCCACUUGAUUUCUUUGAACCCAUUUUACUUUAGUCUUGUUAAAUAAAUCAGAAAAAAUUAUUCGGGUGACCAUAUUUUUUUUUCCUAAAAUGAAGCCCAUUUGUCUUUUCAGUCUUGCAAAUAAAUACAGUAUUUUAAGAUAGUUAAAAUACUCAUUAUUUCAUUGUAUUUUCAUGUCCCCAAUAAUAAUACUCACAAAGAAAAAAAGAUGAAUUUUUAAGAACACUUGACAGUUUCUUUUAGUUGUUUUAAAUGGUAGUUUUCCUUGGUAAGUGUACCUUUAAUGCCCUGCUGGGGAAGACAACAUUGUAUGUUGAAUACCUACAGUUCUGCCAAUUAGUUAAAUACGUAACCUAAAUUUAACCCUCAUAAUGCUUCUCCUAGUUAUAUAACAUUACCUCUCUUUUCAGAUAAUAAAACUGAGUCAAAGGAUAAGUACCUUGUUCAAAAUUGCCAGCUAGUAUAUGACAGCUGAGAUUCCAUUAGAAUUCCAUUAACUCCAGAUCUCACACUUUUUCCGUUAUGUCACACUGAAACUCUGUUUUUAUGCAAUAUUUAAAUGGAAAAACAUUAGACAUUACUUGUUAAAUUUUAAAGGAACCCACUGUUUCUUAAGUGAAACAAAGUUUUGUCCCUCCAAAAAAGCAUGUGAAACAGUUUGAACCUACCAUUGGGCCAGAGAAAUAGUGGAACAUGAACAUGUUCUUUAACACAUUAUUUCAUUCACUUUGGUUAGAGUAAGUUCCUUUGUUUUAAUGAGCAGUUUUCUGAAUGCAUGGGAAAUCAGUAACACUCAGUAAGUACCUUUGCAUCAGUCAGAAUCAGUAAGCACCUUUCCUUACUGCAGCCACUUGGAUUCAGGGCUCUGUGGAACCCCACAAUAAGCAGCCAAAGUAGUUUUUGUGACCCACAGACAUCUAAUAGGAAUGUUUUCUUAAUGACUUGACAUUUAUCUAUCAGUGCUGGAAAAUCAAAGAAAAGGAAUAUUCAGAACACUAAGGUGCUUGGUACUGUUAUUCUUUCCUCCCGUACAUAGGAGCCAGUAGUCA